AUGGCAAUGCAGCUUGAUAUGUCUCAGGCUUCGGUCCUGAAGGACGAGCAGGGACGGCCGUUUAUUGUCGUUCGGGAUCAAGGAAAGAAGAAGAGACAACAUGGCACUGAGGCCGUCAAGUCACACAUUGUUGCUGCUAAGACCGUGGCCAGCAUCAUCAAGUCUUCUCUGGGUCCCCGCGGUCUCGAUAAGAUUUUGAUCUCCCCCGACGGCGAUAUCACCGUCACCAACGAUGGCGCAACCAUUCUUGGACAGAUGGAAAUUACAAACAACGUUGCAAAGUUGCUGGUUGAACUCUCGAAGUCCCAAGACGAGGAAAUUGGUGAUGGCACAACUGGUGUCGUGGUGCUGGCAGCGGCCAUGCUGGAACAGGCUUCCGACCUCAUUGACAAAGGCAUCCACCCCAUCCGUAUUGCCGACGGAUACGACCAGGCCUGUGAUAUUGCCAUUGCCGAGCUUGAUCGCAUCAGUGACGAGAUUAUCUUCAGCCGUGAAGAUACCACCAACCUCCUUAAAGUGGCCAAGACCAGUCUAGGCAGCAAAAUUGUUUCUAAGUCUCACGACCAGUUCGCCCAGAUUGCUGUCGAUGCAGUGCUCUCAGUUGCCGACUUUGAGCACAAGGACGUCGACUUCGAGCUCAUCAAGGUUGACGGUAAGGUCGGUGGAUCCCUUGAGGAUUCGCUGCUCGUCCACGGUGUCAUUGUGGACAAGGAUUUCUCUCACCCCCAGAUGCCCGAUGAGGUUCGGGAUGCUAAAUUGGCUAUCUUGACCUGUCCCUUCGAGCCCCCUAAGCCCAAGACCAAGCACAAGCUUGACAUCACAUCUGUCGACGAGUUCAAGAAGUUGCAGAACUAUGAGAAAGAGAAGUUCACGGAGAUGAUUCAGCAAUUGAAGGAUUCGGGCGCCAAUCUCGUCAUCUGCCAAUGGGGCUUUGACGAUGAAGCCAACCACCUUCUGCUCCAGAACGACUUGCCUGCCGUUCGGUGGGUUGGUGGGCCUGAGAUCGAGUUGAUUGCCAUUGCCACAAACGGCCGCAUUGUGCCCCGCUUCGAGGAUUUGACCGCCGACAAGCUCGGCACGGCUGGUAAGGUCCGUGAGAUGAGCUUCGGAACUACGAGAGAGAAGAUGUUGGUCAUCGAGGAGUGUGCCAACUCUCGGGCAGUGACAAUUUUCGUCCGUGGAAGUAACAAGAUGAUCAUCGACGAGGCCAAGCGGUCACUACACGAUGCCUUGUGUGUCGUCCGCAACCUGGUCCGUGAUAACCGCGUGGUCUACGGUGGCGGUGCUGCUGAGAUUGCUUGCUCCCUCGCCGUGGAGGAGGCCGCUGUCAAGAGCCCGGGUAUUGAGCAAUAUGCCAUGCGCGCCUUUGCCGAUGCGCUGGAUGCGGUUCCCUUGGCUCUCUCCGAGAACUCUGGCUUGAGCCCUAUUGAGACCCUCGCCUCUAUCAAGUCGCGCCAGGUUAAGGAGAAGAACACUCGUCUCGGUGUUGACUGCAUGAUGACUGGUACCAACGAUAUGCGUGAACACUUUGCCAUCGACCCUCUUAUUGGCAAGCGCCAGCAACUUCUGCUUGCUACUCAACUGUGCCGCAUGGUUCUUAAGAUCAACAAUGUCAUUAUCUCCGGUGAUGAUCAGUCUGAGUUCUAG